UCUCUUUCAAUUUGGUUUGAAUUCUCUUUCUUAAUCGAGCCUCCUGAGAAUCCUGAAGAUCUUUGCUUUUCGGUAAACUUGAUUAACGAAUUGUUUGUUUUCAUCCUGUUAAUUAAACUCAACUCUUGAUUUUAAUCCUGUUUGAGUAUUAAUUGUGAACUUUCAACGGUUCUCCUAAUCACUUUCAUUUUUUUCGUUUUCAUUUUUCUUGUAUUUUUACUGUUUAGAAGUUUUUAUUUUUCUUUCUUUUGCAUCUCUCUCUUUUUCUUCUCUCUCGCUCUCUCUCUCUCUCUCUCUUUUUAUUGUGAGUGUUUGUUUCUUUUGGUUUUUCUUUCUCUUUCUGCUCUCAUCUUUUCUUUUUCAAAUCAUGUCUGCUGAAGAAGAUGUGACAACUGGUGAUAACGAUGGUGGAAAUCGUGAAACUCGGCGAAAUACUCUUUCCAUGCCGAGCUCUUCUUCCAGUGGUAGUGGCGGUGUCUCCAGUGGUAACACAGCCAAUACAUCAACACCAUCGGCAUCUCUAGCUAAUAGUAAUAAUAGCGGUCUCAAUAAUAAUAAUUCAUCUUGUUCUGGACUUAAUUCACAUGGUAAUGAUCCCAAUUCUAGGGAUGAUGGAGCCAAUGACAGUGAUUCUGGUGAAGAUCCUACCGGAUUAGAAGGAGCUGCUUUCCAGUCUAGAUUACCGGUCGAUAAGAUGACUGCUUCCGAAGCUACAGCUUUCGCAGAUAUAAAUAAUGGACCCACUCAGAAUGUUAAAAUUUAUCUUCACAUUCGAAAUCGUUUACUUCAACUCUGGUUAGAGAAUCCAAAGCAAGAGCUCACUUUGGACAAUGCUAUGGCUCAAUUGGAAGCACCAUAUGACUCUGAUGGUCCCUUGAUUAUGAGGAUUCACUCAUACCUUGAUAGACAGGGUUUCAUCAACUUUGGGAUAUUUAAGAAACUCCGUAAGAAAGAUGAAAUGGUUGAACGGGAAUUUAAUCGCCUAUUAGAAGCGACCAGUUAUUUAUCACAUACUCAUGAUCUCAAUCAAGUUAAAGGAAGUCCAAUUUCAUUGGGUCAAGCAUUGGAAUGGGUCAUUCAAUUACAGGAGAAAAGCGUUAAAGAGAAACAAAUUCAACAUCUUAAACUGAUCUACGAUCUUCAAGAGAAACUUAAAGCAAAUCAAGUUAGUCUUCUUGAAAUGAUGGAGAAAAUUGAACAACUUCACAAAGAUCAUAAAGAACUUUCUGAAACACGGAAUCGAGAUAUUACUCAAGAAUUUUAUUUCAGGGAAAUUUCUCGAGAUUUGAGAGGAGCUUAUAAAGAAUUGGAUACACUUUUGGAACAAGAGAAGGAUAUUGAAGAUAAAUUAAAAGAUUUAGAAAACAAUCCACCAAGUGAUGUUUACCUGUCAUCGAGAGAUCGUCAAAUCUUAGAUUGGCAUUUUGCGAAUCUCGAAUUUGCCAAUAACACUCAUCUUAACAAUUUAUCUCUUAAACAUUGGGAUCAAGAUGAUGACUAUGAGUUUUCAGGUAGUCACCUAACCGUGGGCAAUGGUUUCUCUUGUGUACCAAUGGCGAUGUGUGAUGAUUUACCGGCAAAUUGUAUAAUCACCAAUCGAGCUGUUAAACAGAUACGAAUCGUCAAUAUGGGAGUUGAGGUUUUGGCCUACGAUCCAAAGCGUCUCUAUGCCUCCCAACAAGUAACCGCACCUCAACCCUGCCUUUUCUCAUAUUCUGCAGAUGCAGUUCUCUGUACUCUUCCUCUUGGAGUUCUUAAACAAUCAGUCACCCCAAAUUCUGGUGCUCAAUCAUCACUGCACAAUAAUAUACAAUUUAUUCCACCCCUGCCCGAUUGGAAAGUUCAAGCAAUCCAACGAUUAGGAUAUGGUAACCUAAAUAAAGUUGUUCUUUGUUUUGAUCGAGUAUUUUGGGAUCAAGAUAGUAACUUAUUUGGUCAUAUCGGAAGUACAACCGCCUCUCGAGGUGAACUUUUCCUCUUCUGGAGUUUAUACAAAUCUCCGGUUCUAAUGGCUCUGGUCGCUGGUGAAGCGGCCAACAUAAUGGAAAAUGUAACUGAUGAUGUUAUUGUUGGUCGAUGUUUAUCAGUUUUAAAAACAAUUUUCGGAAGUGCAACUGUCCCCCAACCUAAAGAGACAGUUGUCACUCGAUGGAGAGCUGACCCUUGGUCAAAAGGUUCUUACUCGUAUGUAGCAGUUGGUUCAAGUGGAUCCGAUCUCGAUAUAAUGUCAGCUCCAGUUUCUUAUCCACCACAAUCUUUCUCGGCUAAUCAAGCCAAACAAACUUCUGCACAACCCCAACAACCUCCUCAACAAGAUUCAUCACCAAACAAUCAAACAGCAAGUGAAAUAUCACGAUUAUUUUUUGCUGGUGAACAUACAAUAAGAAAUUAUCCCGCCACCGUUCAUGGAGCUCUAUUAAGUGGACUACGAGAGGCCGCACGAAUAGCUGAUCAGUUUCUUGGUGCACCUUACACUAGUUCAUCUCAACAUUAAUUAUCACAUUCAAUUUUCGUUUAAAUUACCAAACGUAAAUAAAAGAAACAAAAAAGUUACAUCAAUCAACCGCCUUUUCAUCUUGAAACAGAAAAACACUCAUACAAUUUACCAACCAUGAACAUCGGAAUCAUCUUUAAAUUGGCAUUCGCAACAUCAAUACAUCAUUUCCAUUUUGUAUCAUCUUUUUUUUCCUCAUCUUCUUCGCAUCAUCUUCUCAUCUAUUACAUAUGAUUUCCAUUUUUAUCUCUUUUCUCUCUCUCUCUCACUUUCUAUCCUUUACCAGUACCUCUCUCACUCUCUUCCAGACAAUAACAUAGUCGACUCAACAUGUCAAUUCAAAUUGUAAUUUGUCAUUUCUUUAUUUAACUAAUAAGUCAUCAAAUUGUACUUAAUACAAAUAAAUACAAAUAUCGGCAAA